AUGGCGUCAAGGAAGAAGGUCCUCCUCAAGGUCAUCAUCCUCGGAGACAGCGGGGUCGGCAAGACGAGCUUGAUGAACCAAUAUGUCAACAAGAAGUUUAGCGCCAGCUACAAAGCCACCAUCGGUGCCGAUUUCCUGACCAAGGAAGUAUUGGUCGACGACAGGCUGGUAACCAUGCAGCUCUGGGACACUGCCGGUCAGGAGCGUUUCCAAUCUCUUGGUGUUGCCUUCUACCGCGGCGCCGACUGCUGCGUGCUCGUAUACGAUGUGAACAAUUCAAAGAGUUUCGACACUCUAGACAGCUGGAGGGACGAAUUCCUCGUUCAGGCUAGCCCAAUGGAUCCAGAGAGUUUUCCAUUUGUCGUAAUUGGCAACAAGAUCGACGUGGAGGAAAGCAAAAGGAUGAUCUCAUCUAAACGCGCCAUGACGUUCUGCCAAUCGAAAGGCGGUAUCCCCUACUUCGAGACCAGUGCUAAAGAGGCCAUCAACGUUGAGCAAGCUUUCGAAGUUAUCGCACGACAAGCUCUAGCACAGGAGGACGUAGGUGACUUCAGCAACGACUUCCCCGAGACCAUUCCGAUCGACCUCAAGGGCAACGAAGGCGGCUGCGCAUGCUAG